AUGGAAGAUGGCCUCUCGUGGAUUUUCGGGAUUUCUGUGGUGGUCGCUUUUGCUUUCGCCUUUGGGAUCGGAGCCAACGAUGUUGCAAACAGUUUCGGUACCAGCAUCGGGAGUGGGGCUCUCACGAUGGGCCAGGCCAUUGUCAUUGCGAGCAUUUUUGAGGUGACAGGCGCCGUCACAUUGGGAGCAGGGGUCUCAGAUACCAUCCUGAGGCAAAUAUCCAAACUAGAGGAUGCUGCAUGCUGGGAUUGCGGCGGGUCCAGCGGCCGAAUGCAAGUGUUCAUGCUUGGAAUGGCAUGCGCGCUGGCGUCCGGAGCAAUGUUCAUGCUGGUGGCGACCUGGGCAGCGAUGCCAGUGUCGACCACGCAUGCCAUCGUGGGAGCGGUGCUGGGAAUGACAGUGGUGGGGGCGGGGGCCACCUGCGUCAAGUGGGGCUACCCGGGGCUGCUGGCGAUUGUCGCGUCGUGGUUUGUGUCGCCGGUGUUCGCCGGCCUCCUUUCCGGCGCCAUCCUGGUCGCCAUCAAACGCUUUGUGCGGGAGCCGGAGAAGCGCGCAUUCCAGCUGCUGCCGGGGCUGUUUGGGGGGACUGUGGCGGUGGUUCUGGCGCUGGUGCUGCUCAAGGCGACGGCCACGCAGGACUGGCCGGCCUGGAUGCGCGCAGUGGUGGUAUUGGGAGUGGGGCUUUCAGUAGCGGGCGUGGUGCAGGCGUACUUGGUCCCCCACCUGCGCGAGAAGGUGCAGCGGCUGGGGCAUGUUGGGGAGGAUGCGCGUGGGGUGUGGAGGGAUCCGGUGGAGGCCAAGUACAUUGCCCGGGCAGGGGUGCAGCUCAGCCCUGCUCUCAGCGCUGUUUCACCUCAGCAUGGGGGAGGAGUGAGCUCCCAGGAGGAGCAUCUCUUGCUGGGGCCUUCCGUGUCUAGGAGCAGCGAUGAGGCAGAGAAAAGCAGUCCUGAGCCGGUGCGUGGGACAAGGGCGGCGGGGCUUCAGGGCACUGGGAAGGCCACUGUGGCUAAGAGAAAGGCCUCAACUGAUGAGGAAGAUGAUCCAUUCUGGUUGGAGGAGGAGUCACACCCUGGGCAUGAAGGGCACCAAUUCCCUGCGGCUCUGCCAGAUCGGGCAAAUGGGGGAAGGGCGGGUGCUCUUGAACUGAACCUGGCAGAUGAUCCUGAGCUUGCCAGACUCGGGGGCAUCCCUCCUGCAGAGCGAGUGUUCAUGUAUCUUCAGGUGCUGACUGCAUGUCUGAAGAGCUAUGCACAUGGCGCCAAUGACACAGCAAACGCGGCGGGCCCCUUUGCAGCGGUCCAAGCCCUCUACAUGCAGGGGCUUGACGACUGCGGCAAAGUCUCGACCCCCAUCUGGGUGCUGGUGUUCUGCGGCAUGGGCAUUGUGGCAGGGUUGGGAGUGCUGGGGCACAGGGUGAUGGAGACGGUGGGCAGGGAUAUAACGGACAUCAACUUCUCACGCGGCUUCGCCAUCGAGCUCGGCUCCACCUUGAGCGUGGUUCUGGCCUCUGUAGCAGGCAAGCCCAUCUGCAUGCCGGUCAGCAGCACGCACUGCCAGAUAGGCUCCAUAGUGGCGGUGGGCAUGAUUGAGAGCGGCCCCAAGAGCGUGCAGUGGAGCGUGCUCAGCAAAAUAGUGGUGGCCUGGGUUGUCACUGUGCCCUUGGCAGCGGCCGUUGCUGCCAUGCUGCUGGCUGCUCUGCGACCCAUUCUGUCGCUGUAG